AGAGAGUUUGCUUCUAUCCUCAAUCUCGAACCGGACUCGCUCUUGUCGAGUUGUCGUCUUCCUCCUCUGCAAAUCCUACACACAAUUUCAUAUUCAUUUCUGAUGUAAAUCUCAUCGAAGAACCACAACGAUGUUCUCAUUCAUUUAGAGAUGAAUUUUCAAUAGCUGCUUCUGUGCUUAAAACGAGGUACCUCUUCGAUUAAUCAACAUGUUCAAUACAUACACAUACUCACUCCAAUGGCCGAUUCGAAGUCGAAGUUACCAAGAUUACUGCUCUUUGCUCCCUGAGAGAUCUGAAAGUUACCACUUUUUACAAUCUUCAUGCGCAUCUUCGAUAAGCUGUUGCUGUGCUGCUAGUUCUGGCUCAUCACGUUGCUGCUGCUGUGCAACACCAUCUUCUUCGUCUUCUUCUUAUUCAUAUGUUAAGCCUAAGGUAUCGAUAAACCCUGGAUUUGUGCUUUAUGGGAUUAGACAGUCUACGCUUAUUCAGCGGCCUUCGUUUCAAAGGAGGUUGCUUGUUGGUGGGAAUAGACUUGUGGGUUGUGAGGUUUAUGCUUCUUGUGAUGGCACAAGACGGAAAAAUCGGAGCUUUAGGCUUAGGUGUUUGGAAGAAUCUGAUGAAUGUUGUGAUGGUAGGAGUUGUCCGGAUGAUGUAGAGGCUAUGAUUUCGUUUUUAAGUGAGGAAUUGAUAGAUGAGGAGAGGAAAUGGAACUUAAUCAGUAGAGCUGAAGAGAGUAGGAAAGUGGGAAAUGUGAGAAAGGUUAGAGUUGAAGGAAGAGAUAGUUAUGGUAAUGGGAGGGUUACUCGGAAAAACCAGCGGGAAAGAGUAGAGAGACCUGAGGGGUUUGGUAGGCGAAAUGGGAUUAAGGAAGAUGUGAACUUAGAUGAAAGAGAUGAUUGUGAACAUUGUGGGAGGGGAAAGAAAAGUUAUCAGCUGGAGAGUGAGCCUCGGCGUGGUUCUAAAUUGGUCAGUGGCGAAUCCAUUAAGAAAAGUAAAAGGAGGAGUGAAGAAAGAGAAGUUCGACCAAUAAGGGCAAAGAGUUCGAGUUGUUCAUCGUAUUACUCACUUGCUUCUUCUGGGGAGUUUGAGAGUGAUACUGAAGAUCAGGAGGAGGAUGUGGAAAUUCAUCGGGAAAACAUGAGAAGUUCAGAAAAGAAGAUUGUAGAACAGUCCGGCAAAAGAAACGAAGCCUCUCAGAUGCAUUCGAGGAGAAAGAAAGAUGAGAGCUCCAAUAGAGUGGGUUCAAACUAUCGCAAGCAGGUUUUUGAGGAAGGGGAAAAUUCAAAUCAGGCAGUGAUUUUGAACCAGAGAAGAGCUAAGAAGUUUAGUCAAACAAGUAAUACAGCUUCUAAAUCGACGGAAAAUUAUGAAGAAGAUAUGGAAAUUCAUGAGAUCCAUGUCAACGAUGCAGAGACCAAAUCCCAAACCCAAAAACUCUUUGGUGAAAGAGAGGACUACAGAGUUCACUCAAUUUGUAAUGACUCUGGAAGCGAAAACAUUGAGAGUUCUCAGCAGAUACUGCAGGAAAGAUCAGAGGCUCGUUAUAGCAGUGAGGAAAUGCGGAGAAGAACCAAAUCUAGUAGGACUCAGGAGGAAGGUUUAAAUGUGCUCCAAAAAUUUCCAGAGGCAACAAAUAAUCAGCAACGUCUAGUAGAAGAAAGGAUAUCAAAGCAAGCUGGUAUGAGAAGGACAACUGAACGCUUUUCUGAGAGUUCAGAAAUUCAUGACAUGGACAUCAGAAAUACAUAUAUCUCGCAAAGCGAAGACCAGAUUGGAAACCAAGAAGUACAUGCUGGCUUGGUUUCUGGUUUGCAAACAGAAAGGAAGCAGCAAGAUUAUCACAUUGAACAUAAUCCCUUGGAAAAGACGCAAUCUGACAGAACAUCUGUGUCUGUAUCUCAUACAAGUGAUGAAGUAAGAUAUACAGAAAUUAAGAGAAAAUCUGAGAAGAGGUUAAUUGGUCAAGGAAGUACUACGAUUGUGCAAUCGGACAGCAACACCAGGAAAAGUGGUGCUUGGAAAGACUCUAGGCUUGAUCAUGCUAACUCAACAAAAGAAGAUCAAAUGGCCUUAGUGGAUCUACGUUCUCAGGAAAAGCUAUCUGAAGAGGCCUCAACUUCACAGUCAUCUUUGACUUUGGUUUCAGCAGAGAUCCAAGAAUUUCAUCAAACAACACUGAUUCCUCCUUCUUCUCAGCUGGUAAGCAGAGGCUCAGGGAAAAAUUAUGGAACUGGUGGAGUUUCAAUUCAAGAAAUUUCCCAUGGAACUUCAGAAAGUGGUUAUCCCAUAGCCUUUGAACAACCAAGAGAAGGAGCUCUUGUUACUAGUAUAUCUGCAGUAGAACCGAUGGGAGUUACAACACACGAAGAUGCUCUGAGUUCUGCGCAUCAGUUAGAACAGGCAUCAGAGAAGUUCGUUGGGGAGUUUUUGAAAAAGGCCAAGCAUGAAGUAUCAUAUCCGGAGACUGUGGAGCAAAGAGUUGAAAGCAAUCAGUUGAAGAGGCGGGACUCAAGGCGAUCAUCUGGUUCAGGAGCAAAGGGACCAUCAGAUGAAUUGUGGGUCACAGAUUCUACUCAGGGAACUCCUCAACCAGGAGCCACGGAAGGAAAUGCAGCAGAGGGAAAUGCUAUUUUCAAAAGAAAUGGUAAGUCCUUGUGGAAUGUUAUCGCUGAUAUUGCUCGGCUUCGGUGGGGCUCUCGAGCUGGAAGCUCUGACUCGAGUGCAAAGCCUGCGGGAAAAAGUUCUCCCAAUGAGUCAGUUAGCAGUGCAACAUGGUUCUCUGGACGUGAGCAUGAGGGAAGCAGUGAUGAUAACAAAGGGGAUAGAGUUUUGCCUCAAGAGGCUCAUUCGCUACAGCAGUUGGAGGUUGGUCAAACUUCUCCUAGAAGCCAAUUUGAACCUUCUGGUGCUACAAAUCUGAAGCAGCGAUCUGGACGGCAUGAAGGUUUAGUAUUCUCACCAUCUGCCACUAUAUUAGAAGGUGGCUCUGCAUCGAAUCUCGUGGCAUCCUCAUCUGGUGAUCAAAUUGUUCGUGCGGAUGAAGAAGAAGGCAAAAACUUUGAGUUCCGUCUUUCCGAGACUGCUUCAACAGGGGUGCCAAUGAAACUGCCUAGUCGAAACCUGAUAAGAUCUCCUGCUAUCAAGGAACCAUCAGAAUCUAGUCCCACCAAGGUAACUAGUGAUCAAAAUGUUACUGUGGGAGAAGGAAGACGCUACCAGGCUCGUAUUCCUGAAGUGGAUGCAGGUCACAAGCAGUUGCCUUUUCCUGGUCGAAACCUAAGGUCUCCUGUUGUAAAGGAACCUUCAGAAUCCCGUCUCAGCAUGGUAUCUGGUAGUAACAGCUUAAGAGAGCAGGUGGAACAACAACAACAACCUCUAAGUGCGAAGUCUCAGGAAGAAACAGGUUCCAUAUCAACAGACUCUUCGUUCAUACAAAAGAAACUUCAGAGGAAUAAACAGGUUGUGAGGGAUAGUUUUGAGGAGUGGGAAGAGGCAUACAGAGUAGAAUCUGAAAGACGAACAGUUGAUGAAAUAUUCAUGAGGGAAGCGUUAGUAGAAGCUAAAAAGGCUGCUGAUACAUGGGAGGUACCUGUCGGGGCUGUGCUUGUGCAUGAUGGGAAAAUCAUUGCUCGGGGUUUUAAUCUAGUAGAGGAACUUCGAGAUUCAACCGCCCAUGCAGAAAUGAUUUGCAUUCGAGAGGGUUCCAAAGUACUUCGUUCAUGGAGGCUUGCGGAUACAACACUCUAUGUAACACUAGAACCAUGCCCAAUGUGUGCGGGAGCAAUACUUCAAGCAAGGGUCAAAACUCUUGUGUGGGGUGCUCCCAAUAAGCUUCUCGGAGCAGAUGGCAGCUGGAUCAGGCUGUUCCCGGGAGGCGAAGAAAAUGGAUCAGAGAAUUCAGAAAAGCCGGCGCCUCCAGUUCAUCCAUUUCAUCCUAAGAUGACAAUACGACGCGGAGUUCUUGAAUCAGAAUGUGCUCAGACAAUGCAACAGUUUUUCCAGCUGCGGAGAAAGAAGAAAGAAAAGAACUCAGAUCCACCCGCUCCUACCGAUCAUCAUCAUCAUCUUCACGCCUCUAAACUCCUCAACAAGAUGCAUCAAGUCUUACCCUUUUUCUGUCUGUAGAAGCUUACCUCCAAUGCCUCAAUGUUUAUGUCUGUAGAACAAGUUUUGCAUCUGAUCUGUUCAAAAUUGUAUAUUCUUUUGUCCAUGAAACGUUGUCAUUUGUUAAAAAUUUGAAGACGAUGUUGGUUCAUUGCAGUGCCACUGAUUGUAACACGUGUUUUGCUUCAACCUUUGUUAAAACCAACCUUUCUUGAUA